UCAUUACAUAUGCAACUCCACUUGAGAUAACUUUAUAAGAAAUAUUAGUGCUUUUGGUAAUGGAGCAGUUACACAUAUUGCGUAUGUACAAACGGAAAUCAUAGAUUAUAUAGUAAAACUAGUUUUCAAAAUCUUCGUCACCAUUAUCUUCAAAAUCCUUCCAGAGAAAAACUGCAACUAUGAGCUCUCCUCUCAUCCAUGAAAUCAAAGGCCAAGCAUUUCGGUUCUUGAAGGAAAAGAUUAAAACUGCAAGGCUGGUUCUCACUGAUGUUACACCAGUACAGUUAAUGACAGAAGAAGCCACCAAUGAGAAUCCAUGGCCACCAGACACACGUAGCACGAGUGUAAUAUCACGAGCUGCCUUCGAAGUGGAUGAAUAUGAGAGAAUCAUGGAGAUUCUGCAUCACAGGUUCUCGAAAUUUGAUAAAGGGUAUUGGAGAGCCUCAUACAAGGCUCUUAUAUUACUGGAACAUCUUCUAACUCAUGGACCUAAAAGAGUAUCAGAGGAGUUUCAAAGUGACAUUGAUGUUAUUGAAGAGAUUGGAAAACUUCAGCACAUUGAUGAGAAAGGGUUCAACUGGGGUUUGAGUGUUAGAAAAUUAUCAGAAAGAGUGUUAAAGCUCUUAAGAAACAAGGAUUUUCUGAAAGAAGAAAGAGCAACAGCACGUCACCUUUCUCAUGCAAUCAAAGGGUUUGGAAGUUUUAACCCCCGAAGCUCAGCAAUAGAUGAAAGGUUAAGUGACUUACCUUCUAAGAUUUAUGGGAGAUGUAACUCUUACUAUGAUGAUCGCCAAUAUGAAAAAUAUGAUUUCACAAGUUUGGGAAAGAAGCUCAGUGUGGAUGGAAAUAAUAGAGAGCUACAAAUUGUUGAAGACAUGGAGAAUUCAAAGCUGCUAAAGCAUGAAAAUGAUUCAAGUUCAGCAGACACAGAAGAAUAUCACCCUUUCAAUGAUAAAGAGAAACUGACUGUAGCAUCCUUGCUUUCUGUGUGAUGAUAUGUUACGAGAAUUUUCAUAUGAUAUAUGUAAAGCACUUGAACUAAUCACAAGCUUGGACAAUGUAUAUAUAGUAGCUUCAGUUAAUGUUUUAGUGUGAUUUUGGAUUCUUGAACAGAUUGCAAA